AUGGGAGAGCACGGCGGCGGCGGCGGCGGCGGCGGCGGCGGCGACGGGGUCUCUUUGGCCGGGGGCGACGGCAGAGGGAGGGUCAUGGAAUGGCUGGUUGGCCUGCCGAGUGACGAGGAGCUCACGCCGCUCUCGCAGUCUCUGAUUCCCCCUGAACUCGCCUCCGCCUUCAGCAUCACGCCGGAGCCGCCGCGGACGAUCUUGGACGUCCACCGCGCCUCGCAGGACUCCGUUGCCUUGCUGCGCCGGCAGAUCUCCUCCUCGUCGUCUUCGUCGCCCCUCAAGGGUUUCCCCUCUUUUGCGGCGGCCGCGGAGGCGGAGGAUCCCACGGUCAUCGAAGGGGAUGAAUCUGCGGCGAAAGACGGCAGCGGGGAGUCAUCUCGCAAGACGAGGCAUCUGGAAGCCGUGGAAGAGGCCGAUUCCGCGUUCAGAACUGAGAAUUCCAACGACGAGAGCUCUGCACGGACUCAUAAGCGGCCGCGGCUCGUCUGGACGCCACAGCUCCACAAGAGAUUCGUCGACGUGGUCGCGCAUCUGGGAAUAAGGAACGCCGUGCCCAAGACGAUCAUGCAGCUGAUGAAUGUCGAGGGGCUGACGAGGGAGAACGUCGCCAGCCAUCUGCAGAAGUACAGAUUGUACCUGAAGAGGAUGCAGGGAGUCUCGAUCGAAGGCCCGUCGUCGUCCGAUCUCCUGUUCGCUUCGUCGCCUGUGCCACCGAGCCUGCAAGAGGCUUCAGUUCCGGUGCCGAUACCAUACGCUCCUCCUCCUGCCUUGAUCCCGAUGCCAGUCAUCGGCAUGGCUCACCACGGCCAUGGAGCUCCCAUGGCCAUGGUGCCUCUGAACGGUCAACAGAGCGGGGGAGCGUACCGCGGCUAUGAGGCUCAUCACCCCUAUGCUAUGUUCGGAGAACGACCAAAGGAUUGGCCUAGGGGUAACAACUUCGCAUCGAUGGUUCCCUAUCCCCAUGUUUCUCCCCGUAGCAAAUAA